AUGACGGCUAUCAACGGACCUGACGAAAACAAAGCUGAGGCUGUUGUGGACGUCUCGAUCGCCACCCAGCCCAACGACCUGGAUGCUAUCCCCGGCCUCUUGAAGGACAUAACCGCGGGCGUCGGUGCCCUGUCCUCCGGCAGCGACGAGGCCCGCCAUGAGCUUUUGAUCAAAGCUCGAACCAUGGUUCAGGCACUGGAGAGCCCCAGGGAGACCAUGAUCAAGCACUGCUGGGGACAGACUGGCGCCCUGGCCGGCCUUAACUUUGGUGUCGAUUCGGGCCUGUGGAGGCUGAUGGCCAAGAAUGGAGACAGACCGCAAAACGUCGGCGAGCUGGCAGAAAGUCUUGGUGUUGACUCGGUGCUGCUCAGCCGUCUCAUGCGCCACCUAGGUGCCAUGGGAUACAUCAAAGAGACCGGCCUCGACGAGUACCGGCCAACCAACUUUUCCAAGUCGAUGAGUCUCCCAAUGAUUGGCGAUGGGUACAUUGCCAUGACUUCUUGCACCGGCGCUGCCCCUCUCAAGUUCCACGAAUACUCUCGCAAGAGAGGCUUCAAGAACCCGAACGACGCCCGAGACACGGCGUUGAUGUAUGCAUACAACACAGACAUGGACAUGUUUGCGUGGCAGCAGCACCUGGGAUGUGAGUGCGACGGGUUGACAAGGGCAGCAAAGACACUGAUAAUCAUAGACGGCACACACUUCAACCACCACAUGUCCGGCUAUCGCCAGGGCCGCGUCCCGUGGUCGGCACCAUCUUUCUACCCUGUGAACGAGAGGCUCAUCGCCGGUGCCGACCAGAGCCCCGAGGCCCCCUUCCUCGUGGACAUUGGCGGAAACAUCGGCCACGACAUCGUCGAGUUCCACCGCAUGCACCCAGAGACCCCCGGGAAGCUCAUCUUGCAGGACCUGCCUAUCGUCAUCGGUCAAAUAAAGGAGCUCGACCCGGCCGUCACGCCGAUGGGCCAUGAUUUCCUCACAGAGCAGCCGGUGAAGGGCGCGCGCGCGUACUACAUGCACUCGUGCCUGCACGACUGGCCGGACGACGUGUGCGCCAAGAUCCUGGCGCAGAUCAAGGGCGCCAUGAAACCUGGGUACAGCAGGCUGCUUAUCAACGAGAACGUGAUCCCGUCGACGGGCGCCUACUGGGAGACUUCGGCGCUCGACAUGGUGAUGCUGACGUUGUUCAGUUCCAAGGAGCGCACAGAGAACGACUGGUACAACCUGCUCGAGACGAUUGCGGGACUGAAGAUUGUCAGGAUCUGGAGCGGUGGGAAGGGGGUUGAGAGUUUGAUCGAAGUUGAGCUCCCGUGA